UACUUCUUCUUUACAUUAUUCACGAACCCUCCAUCACGGGUUUUGACUGAACAAAGUUAACUUAAAGAAAGGAAAAUAACUGGAAGAGUAACAUAAUUUCUCUCAGUGUACCAGAAAAACUAGUAAAUGGCUACUAGCUCCACAAAUCUAUAAAAGUGCAUCCAAAAUGUUGGAAAGGCUAGUUGCCUGGUUUUGUAACAAUUAUUUAGGGAGAUAUCUGGAAAAUUUAAAUACUGAUCAACUCUCUGUUGCACUUUUACAAGGAGAAGUUGAACUUGAAAAUGUUCCACUGAAACGGGACAUACUCAAUCAACUUGGCCUACCACUUCAAAUUCAUGCUGGGUUUGUUGGAAAAAUCUGUUUCCAGAUUCCACUCAGGAAAAUAAGGAGUGAACCAUGGGUGAUAUCCUUUGAACAGUUAUAUUUAGUUGCUGGUCCUAAGGAUAAAACUGAGCCUUAUAAUGAAGAAUCUGAAGAGAAUGCAGCUCUUGAACGUAAAAUGGCUGCCCUAGAUUUGAUGGAAGCAGAAUGGAGGUCAGAAAAUGAUCCUCAGGGAUUAUCAUCCUCCUCUCUGUACUCGUUAACAUAUUCAUCUUGGUUGAGUUAUGGAGCAAGCCUAGUAACCAAUAUUGUUCAAAAUAUUCAGUUAAAAAUCAAAGAUAUACACAUCAGAUAUGAAGAUGCUAUAUCCUGUCCAGGAAAAGUAUUUGCGUGUGGGAUACGUGUUGACUCACUCACCGCUCAGACUUGUGAUGAAAGCUGGAUACCAAAAUUCAUGUUCGCCACCACUCAAGGGAUUAUGUAUAAACUAUUGGAACUUGAUGGAUUGGCUGUGUAUUGGGACACAAACACUGAACUCUAUGCCGAUCUGCCACUGGAUGUUCUCUCUAGUAAGCUAAUGCAACCUUGCUCAGUAGAACGAAAUGAAUUUCUAUUGGCACCCGUUAGUGGAUACGCACACUUGAAGCGCAACUGCAGCGCCAAACCUCUGCGAUCUCUAAAUCAACCUCGAAUCGCCUGUGACUUCCAGCUAGACCGAGUCAACGUUGAAAUUCGUGAUGUCCAGUAUCACCAGCUGGUUCAGUGUUGCAGAUCUCUUGAGAUGUUGUCACGUGGUCUCCAGUACCGCAGAUGGCGUGUAGACAGUGAAGUUGAAUUUCAUCCCCGGCGUCAAUGGAGAUUUGCUGGGCAAUGCGUCAUUGCUGAAAUCAAGAAAAGGAAUCAAAGUCGAAAUUGGCCAUUUGCAAUUAAUCGCGCCAAAGAAAUUAUUCUCUAUGUCCGUUCCUUUAAGGACCACCUGCUUAACCCAAUUGGGGUAACGGCAGAAUCCAAGCUGCACCGAGAAAGAAUCGAAUCAGAACUUGAUCUGGAAGAACUGCAGGUCUUACGAUCGAUUGCUAUGCAGCAGAUUUCCAAGUCUCAAUCGAAGAGCGACUCGCUUUUAUCUGAUGCUUCCACCGCCGCUGCGAAUUCUUCUUUAUUUCAACGUUGGUUUUCGUCCUGGUGGACAGUAGAUGAUGAAACCAACGGAAAUUCCCAGUCAACCAAUGAAGAUCGAGUGGAACAUGAGAUUCUUGAAACGCUUGAAGAUGCUAUGAGAGACAACACAGUCCGGCAGCGAGAUAUUCUACCUCUUCAAUUGAGUUCGACAUUGAAGCAAGGCUUGGUCCGUCUGUCAACCUGCCACAGGACUGAAACCGGCCAGUCUUGGAGUACUCUCCUCGAAAUAGAAUUCGACAACGUUGUCCAAGAAUGGGAAUCACGACCAAGGCUGAAAUCGCAUAAAUUCCAUCUCAGUUUGGGAAAUGUGUGGGUUCGUGAUUGUGCGACUAAAGGAACUUGUUUCCCAGAUAUCGUUUGUCCACAAAGAAAAGACGCAAGGCCUUUCAAGUCAACUACAGGAAUGGGGUCUCUUCUUCCCGCGUUCAACAUCCCUUUCUUUCGUAACAGUCCAUCAAGUCCGAAUAUGAACCAGCUCCCACAAGAUGAAGCACCGCUGUUUGAUUUUGUUUAUGAAAAACGUCCGCCUGGGAGCGAUUGGAACCAUCGACUGAAAAUUACUUCUUUGGCUCUUGAAUGCGUUUAUAAUCACCAUCUUUUUCAAAAGAUCAUUGAGUUGUUUUCUGUACCCCACAAAGAUUCUGACGAGCGAUCCUUACUUGGCCAACGACUUCGCCAAGCAGCCCGAUCUGGCUUUGAAGCCGUCAAGCAAAAGACGAAAGAGAGGCUGACACAGACCUUAGCUCCUCCAACCGUGAAUUUGCCAUCGGAUCAAUCGUGGGAUUUGCUGAUCAACAUUUCUGCACCACAUAUUCUUAUUCCAGAAUCAGUUGUUAGUCGAGAUUCCCUUCUGCUGAUCGUUGAUUUUGGCCAUUUUCACGUGACACGCACCGAUGUCAAUUGCAUCGCCGCUGAAUUGGCUUCAACAACCACCAACGGCAAUGAAGACGAUGAAGAAGAAGAAUACGUCACACCUUGUUCGACACCACCAAAUGAAACGGCUGUAACGACUCCAGUAGACGAAGCCAUUGACACCAGUAGCUUCAUGAGUAGCAGCAAAGAUUGUGACGACAUGUCGGACAAGUACAACGUCCACUUUUCAGAUCUACAACUGCUGGUGUGUCGUGUCAAGGACAACUGGAAACAAGCACAUUUAAAGGGCACCUCUGCCCUUCACCUCCUGGACAGAUUUUCUAUUUUGAUUCAUGUGGAAAAGUAUGGACGUAUCCUACCCGGUUUAGAAAAACCUUUUUUGACUUUGACAGCAUCACUUCCUCACCUUGUGGCUCAUAUCAACGAGCCAAAGAUUCACGCCCUUGUCUCCGUUUCCAAGCAAUUCCGUACCAGUAGCCUGCCUCCUCCGGUUUAUGAGACGACCUCUGAAGACGAUGAAACGGGCGAGUGCGAGUCAGACGAGAGUUCAGCCGGAUUGGAAAAGUCAGACGAACAUUGGUUUAUGGCCCAGUUCAAUAUCGAACAACUUUCAGUUGAGGUCCAAUCAAGAGGACGAAGUGUUGCUGAAUUACAAGUAGGUGGAGUUCUGGCCAGCUAUUCGAUGCGCCCAAUGGAUAGUUCUAUCCAUCUUGCCGUACAUAGCUUAUUGCUAGUUGACGCCAUGCAGACUUUGGGUUCCGACUACGAGCUAUUGAUUGCCAGUCACAAACAUGUCAGCAUGGAUAGUAUGAGUGGAAGUUUAAAAGAAAGUGAACCGACUUCUCCCGUCUCUCCAUCAUCACCAGAUCCGUCAUCUCAUAAAGGACAGAGGGCAACAUCACCUGUAUCAUUAGCCCAAGCACUUACCUCUUUGCAAACGGAUCCUUCAUGGCGUAAAGAUGGUCUAUCCCCGCCCGCUGUUCGUCGUCGAAUGGUAACGUCAGCUUUAAAAUCAGAAGCGUUGAUUUUGAUCGACAUUGUGACCAUAGAACCCACUUUGAUCGAUGGCAAACCUGAAGGACGCAUUCAAAUAAUUAAGGUUCACUUCAAUUCGCUGGACGUCAUAGCGAAUCAAGAUACUGUUGUGGAACUGGUCAGCUUUUUCCAGCGGAUUGUGCCCAAAAAGAGGGUGCCCCCUAGUCCUGAUGAUUCAAACAUGUCCACAGAUCAACCCUCUAUGAAUCAGUCACGAUUUCCACCUUUUACUCUUGUUCCAGACGUCAGCACGGAAAUCACCUUCGAUUUUCAUCGUCUCACGGUCCUCUUGCUUCGUUCAGCCGUCAAAGACGAAAUGCUGGUGGGCCGAAAAGUGGCCACGCUCACCGUCACCGACGCUCGCAUCAACGCUAACUUAUCUUCAGACGUCAUCGUUCAAGGAUCACUGGGUGGACUUCAAGUACUGGACCUUACCCCAGAAGGGCAGAAGCAUCAACGAGUCAUCAGUGUAGGCCAUGAUGUACUGGUCGAGCAGCAACAAAAUCUUUACAUGCUGGUCAGCCAAGGACUCUACGAAACGGCCAAAGACAAAAAUGAAGUCAAAGCGUUCAGCUUCAAAUUUCUCCAACCAGGACUGGAAAUCUUCAAUGAAGAAGGCCCCAAUUUGAGUCUGGAGGUUCGAAUGGCCUCUUUGUGUUAUAGCCAUUCGGUUCAUUUUCUCGCAGAAGUGACUGCUUGUGUAAGCGAAUUCAAACAAUCCGUUUCCAACAUGGCCAUGUCUUUGAAGUUAACAGCGGCUGAAAUGGCUGUCGAUUUGCUGCACCGAGGGACUGAGGGCUUGGCCCAAAGCAUCUACAUGAGUGGCUCCAACUCUAUGACUGAAGGUCUUAGUCUGAACGCCAUGAAAGAGGCCACUGAUGAGGAGCAACAAUCAUCGUUUCCGUCAAGGGUCCGUUUCAGCGCAUUACUGGAAAGUCCUAUAAUGGUUCUACCCAGGUCUGCCAGAAGUCCACAAGUGCUAGUUGCACAUUUGGGGCAAAUAGAAAUUACCAACGACAAGGAAGUCAAGUCCGAAAUUCCAUCCCAUUUGUCUGAAGAGCUUUCUGGAGGAACGCACAAGGAACACUUUGAAGUUGAAGUGCGUGACAUGAGUCUGUAUUCUCUGAAUGUUGACGAGAAGUGGAAAAGUUCAUUUAGUCAUUUUUACUCGGGACCUUCGUCCUUUCUACGCGUUACUGCCCAAGAGCUUUACAGUUGCGCUAGUCCUCAUGGUCGGCCUAUUUUGCACGACACACUGUUGAGAUUUUCUCUUCAUCGUAUUACCGAUCGACCCAUUCAGAGUGAUGCCGAUCCUUUCCUUUUUCACCUUUCGGAUUUUUACCCGAAACCGGAAGUAUGUGAUGUCUUCCAAGUUCACGGAUGUGUUGUUUCUCCGCUACAAGUUUCACUCUCCAAAGCUCAGUACCAACAGAUUAUCCAAUCACUGGACAAUCUCAACUGGAGCAAAGUCGAUGCGACUAACAACUUUGAAGCUGGGCCGGAUUUUCCGGCGAAGAAUCGACCGUCACCACGCGUUAAACAACGAGAACUCGUCCUGAAUUUCAAGUUCCAGUUGCCACGAUUUUCCAUGGAAUUACUUAACAACUCGGACCGGGCUAUCGUCAAUCUUUCCUUUGAAGACUUCUUGGUUGCGUAUGAACAAAACUGCAGUUAUUCCGCCACGGUGCAAACUUCUUUGAAAUCCCUCAUCUUGGAAGACCUGAUGAUGAAAGAAGAUUCCAAAUACCGACGACUGGUGGCAUCCAAUGAUCGCCAGUCGGAAAGAGUUGCCGGAAGACCUAAUUUGAGUUCCUUCAUGUCAUCAUCGUGCCCUGAUUUGCGUGCCCAAGGUCUCUACACCACUGGAGCACGAUCCUUGCCUGCCAGGUUGGAGUUAGACCAAUCCCAAUGGAAACAAAAUCGGGUGAAGCCUCCACAAAAGAAACCGGUAAAAAAAUGCCCGAGUACACCACCGUCAUCCCCAUCAAUGAUGUACCAUCAACGUUUCUCGCGAUCUGGCGUCGGCGACAAUAAUUUGGUGUUCAUCAAAAUUCUUCUCGUUGAUCCGGAUAGCCCAGAUUUCGCCCUAAAAUACAACAGCACACACCGUUUUAUCGAAAUUAAUUUCAACUCACUCGACAUGAUCGUCAAUCUGGAAUCAUGGGUGAUGGUGCUCGACUUCUUCGGUACAGCCAAAACAGGACAGCAUCAAAAGAAAAAGGUAGCCGUUUCUUCUCCCGGCUAUCAGGAUUGGUCGAAAGCCGCGAAUGCCAAUACAAUGAACUCGCGUUGGGAGGUUGAAGUCCGUUCUUUUAACCUGCUCCUCAACCGGAAGGACUAUGAAGUUGCAGAAGCUACAAUAUCUUGCUUGUCGUGGGAAAUGGCGUCGAUGCGAGGCAAUUUGGACGUCACUGGAAAAUUAGGCAGCAUUACCGUUCAAGAUUUGACAUCAGCUGGACGAAUGUACCGCGAACGAUUCAUCACUUCGGGUAACGAGGCCCUGGAUUUCCAAUUCUUUUGUUUCAGUGCUGAUGACCCGCACCUUGCUCGCGAUUACGACAUCCGGCUGAAUCUUAACAUGGCUUCCGUUCUGUACGUUCACACUCAACGAUUCUACACCGAGUGCUUUUCAUUGCUCGAACAAUUCCAGCAACUUCGUCGAGUGGCCACAAGUUUUAGCACAACUGGGCCGAACAGCUCGACCAAUGUUUCACAGAAACCGUGGUUUCAUGGUACGCGCAUUUUGUUGAACGUCGAGGCCGGCUCGCCUGUCAUUCUCGUCCCAGUCUGUUCCACUUCGGAACAUUUAUUGGUUAUUGACCUUGGGAGAAUAUCCGUCUGCAACAAGUUCAUGAUGUCCAAUGGAUCGGUCUCGACACCAACCGUCAGCAAAUCCCGUAAAAUCAACGUGAAAGGUUUGCCGAUUGUGCCUGUAACCAGCGAUCCAGAAGCUGUUUUAAUUGACGUCAUACAAGUAGAACUAUCCAACAUGGACCUUUGUACGGGUCAGCGCCAGAAAGCCAAUCGAUCGCAAGUUGGUGAUUUAAUUCUUGGCUCUUAUUUGAUUCGACGGAGUGGCCAUUCCCUUCUCAAAGACAAGUGCGAAAUGAAGGUGAAAAUUCGUCGCAACUUGGAUUCACAUUUAGGCCGUCCGGUUCCUGAUAUGGAUCUCUGUGGAUUGUUGUCAAGAGUAGAGUGUUCCAUCGACGAACAUCAGUACAAAUUGAUACGAGGUCUGCUCGGAUUUAAUCUUGGCGAACCUAUGGAUUUUUUCAGUUCAGACCAGCGACCACCAACAAGUCCAAUGCAGCCACUUGAUGAUGACUCCAAGCCGCCAAUAUGGGCGAGACUUAAACUGCAGAUCGAUCUAGAGAAUGUCAUUCUGGAAGUGAAAUUCUCAAGAACUGGCCCAUUUUCAACCAUUAAAUUCAUUGAUUCCCGACUCGUUUAUGAAAGUAAUAGUGAUGGAUCGAAAGAUGUUGACCUCGUAUCACAACAAGUUGUUGUCCGGGAUACCCGGUACGAUUCAGCGUCCGCAACCCAGCCAAUCAUGAAACCAAAUGUCUUCACCCAAAUUCUGGAACCUGUGACAAAAGCUCGCCGGGAAGGAUCUCUACAAGCUGAAGUCCAUUAUCGAUCGACGGAGGAGUUUACUCGAUUCACCGUAGUCUUGAACAACAUGAGAUUGUUGGCUGUAUUCGAUUGGUGGGCGCUAUUUCAAGAAUUCCUCUUACAAAAUCCCGAAGAAUAUCGAGGAACUACCAAGGGUGAACGGGGGAAUUCGGAAGAAAAUGAUGUUCUCCAAACUCCACCUCGAUGGAUUUCAACUUCGAAGCCCAGUCCUAUUGUCGUUUCAACAGGAGUGAUUAGCAAACGAGCUGCACUGGUGGAGACUCAACGGUUGCCAGUUGAAUUUAAGAUCAACAUUUCCGAUUCGGAAGUGGUCAUUAUUGAAGACACCUCAAUCUGCGAUUCAUCCGCAGUUAUUUUGAAAGGAACGGCUUUGCUGACGUAUAGACCGCAGAUUCAGAGUAAACCGCUUUCUUGCCAGUUGAAUCGAGUUGAAAUAUUUUCAAGCCAGCUAAACCUGGAAGAGGAAACUGCCCUAUCCAUUGUCGAUCCUGCCACCAUCAGUAUCGAAAUAGUAGGCAAAUCAAGCGCCACGGACGUCAAAGGCAUUAUGGACGCUACCAACUCUGAGUUGCAACAGAUACUGGAAAUCCAAGCACAGCAAGUAAUCCUUCGCCUGUCGUACAACGACAUGAAACUUUUCUUGAGGAUCCUCGACAGUCUUCCACGUCAAGCUCGAUCCACUUCUAAUCCCGACUCGACUAUCGUCAAUGAAGUAAAGAAGUUGAAGGCUCUUGGAUUCUCCACGGAAGAUUGUCAGUUAGCUUUGCGAACAUGCAGUGACAAUUUGGAAGAAGCUGCACUCUGGUUAACGCAAAACGCUUCGGCAACAGUUGGCCAACAGCAACUGGAAAUGACAAAUGAAAUCAAAAUCCGUUGCAUUGAAGUUCGAACUGGCUGUAUUAGUUUGUGCGUCAUCGAUGACUGCCGCGAUGCCGAUUUGCCUCUGGUCGAAGUCACAACAUCUCAGCUACUUCUCCGCCAGUCAAUUGACACUGUACAAAUGACUGGCGAGGGCAGCAUCAAUUGCCAAUUUGCCAUCGAUUAUUAUAAUCGUGUUUUGAGCGGCUGGGAACCAUUCGUGGAGCCAUUCAAAUGCCAUGUACGGUGGAAUUUUCUGCCUUUCUAUAAUUCAGUCGCCAAUCGACAAUGUCCUUCGUUCUUCAUUGACACGGAAGAUGUGGUCAAUAUCACCUGCACUCGAGCUUUGCUUGAACUCGUUGGAACAGUCAAAAUGAAUUGGAUGGAAGAUUACUACGGUCAAAAUGGCAAGGAGAUAUCUAGUCAGCUGGACGGUGGAAAUGUGGUUCGUCAGCGUUCUCCGUUUGUGCCUUUUGCUUUGCACAACGCUACCGGCUCCAAACUCAAGUUUCGAACUCUGACGGCAAGUUUGCUGGCAGAUGCUACCCCGUCGAAGGCUUCUGCUAAAAACACUCACUGGAUAAACUGCGACGCAGGCGAUGUUGUUGCCUUUAGUUUCGAAAACAGAGGAAAAUUACGUCACCACGACAGUCACCAGAUGCAAACACAUCAGCUGGCAAUCGAAUUGGAUGGUUGGAUGGAAGUUGGUUCCGUUUCCGUCGAUCGCGUUGGAGUGUACUUCCGAUAUGCAGAGGUAGUACACAAUUCGCCAAGUAAACGAAACGCAGCUGCUUUCGACCGAGAGCUGGAACGUGUUUUGGUUGUUAUUGCCGUCACUUUGGAAGGAUCGGCCCGUCGACUGGUUACCAUUCGUUCAGCUUUACAGGUGACCAACAACUUAGAAGAGACUGUUGAAUUGCGGUUAGAACCGCCUGCUUUCAACCUUCAUCCUAGCAAAACUGUCCGUGUGCCACCGUGCACGACUUAUCCCAUCCCUAUGACUUACUUGAUGUCUCAGAUAUUUGUACGCCCGAUGGCAGAAAAAUUGCCUCAUAUUUUUAGUUUCUGCAAAGACCCAAUUGAAUGGCAUGCUAAUCCGAGUCAAUCAACUGCUAAUAUAAGACAGUGCAAUCCGGUGAUUAGCAACCAAGAUUUAACAUACCGUUUUGCAGUCAAUAUCCAUCGGGAGAACUUUCCUCCUGACAAGAUAACUUCAGAUGAUUCAGAAUGUAAUAUACAACCAGCUCACACUAUUUCUCUUUUGAGUCCGUUGGUUGUCGUAAACCUACUCCCCUAUGAACUACUGUGGGAACUCAAAGCUGUCAGUCAAAGUGGUAUCAUCAAACCGGGUAAAUCCACAUCGAUCCACACGGUCAACGUCUCCGCUGGUUUCCAGAUCGCCUUCCGCACUGAAAACUUUGUUCAUUCAAGCGACUUAGUCAUUGGCACGUCUCCUCAUAAUUUUAGUACACGCUUGCGGCUCUAUGAUAGCGCUAAUCGAUUGCUGCUCCUACAGGUGAAAGUCAGUUCCAAAGCUGCUGGGUCCAUUAAGUUGUCCAUUUCGGCUCCUUACUGGCUCGUCAAUAAAGCUGGGAUCCCGCUCAUCUUCCGGCAAGAGGGUGUCCAGCAAGAUGCAGCAGGCCAAUUCGAUGAGCACGAAAUGGCUCGUUCUCUGUCUCCGAUGCUCUUUUCAUUCACGGACAGAGAAGCUAGCCCCACAUUAACGGCCCGUAUUGGAAAUGGCUUGCAUAUUGGAUGCAAGCCCCACUGGUGUCAACACUUCCCUCUACAGAAAGGAGUUCGAGUUCGCAGUUUUAUGGUAUCACCUCGAGACGGUCGGCCGGAAUUGGUUUACUUGGUUGGAAUUUCUAUACGUUCAGGUCGUGGUCGAUACCGAGACACACAGAUUGUUACUUUAGCACCAUGCUAUCAGCUUUACAACCAAUCGAGUUGGAUGUUAGAGGUAUCACAAGCCUAUUUCGCUUCAACUUUUACCGAUCCUGGAGCCCAAUCAACGUAUUUGAACUUAGUUCCUGGUUGUCACCUCCCUUUCCACUGGCCUCGAUUGGACAAGGAUCAACUACUUUGCAUCCGCUUAUUGGACGUGAAAAAUUGUCAUUGGUCGGGUGGGUUCACCAUUCGGAAUAUCAGCUCCUUUCACCUAAACAUCCGUGAUAGUGAAAGUCGGGCUAAUUUUCUCCGCGUCGAGAUAUUUCAACAGGAAUGCACCUACUGUGUCGUUUUCAGCGACGCCACUGGCUUUCCUCCACCCCUCAGAAUCGACAAUUUGGCCCAAGUUCCAAUUAUUUUUCACCAAACGGACGUCCCAGAAGCUUAUUUGCAUACCACUGUCCGUCCCAACAGUUCGAUGCCAUACGUUUUUGACGAACCUACUAAACCUGCCCACCUAAGUAUCGUUGCCCCAGGAGGAGCUUCCGCUUCUUAUGACAUGACAACACUUAAAGAAGGAUGUCAACUGACCUAUGAAAACUUCAUUUAUGUCUGCCUUACGGUUACCUUUAACGGUGAUGACAUGUCGACUGGCAAUGCACUUGAUCCAAACAACGUUGAGUUAGUCCUUGACGUGCCGGAAGGCACCCGUGUCGUACUCGGCGGCAAAGAAACAGGAAAACGCUCUCAGCUUUGGCGGAUGACCGGAAGCGGAAUGUUGCAACACGAAGGAAGCAGCCCUCCACGAGAUCCAUCCAAUCCUCAAAUUGAUCCAUCGCGAAUACUUGUCUUGGAUAUCGCCGGACCAGCACUUCAACCCAGCGAGUAUGUGCAUCUCAUGUUACGAAAGCCAGAUCCUCGACGUCAAUUGACUCAAACUUGGCGCUUCACCGAUGACGGUCGCCUCUGCUGCGGCCAUAACAAUGUGUUCGUUCAAGCUAAGGAUGGCUUUUACGGCGUCCGACAAGGCCUCCCCUAUAACACCUGGAGAAUGUGGAAUGAUGUUGUCUUGGGACCAGCUCAGUCCGUGACUUACUAUCGGCUGCCUAGUGGCAUUCCGGCAGAGCAGGCGAUUCACUGGCAACGGCUUCGGCCUGGUUCUGGUUGCUUGAGUGUAAAGACUAUCAUGGACGGUCCAACCAGAGUGCUUCAAAUUGCCGAUUUGAAGUCAUCACAUCACCCUACGAAUGAAGUCUCGGUCGUCACCACUCCAGCGGACAAACCUAACAACAAAGAAACGAAAAUGGAAAUGAAUUUCAAAGGAGGUUUGGGUUUCAGCAUUGUUAACCAUUCACCUCCUGAAGAAUUAGCCUAUUGCCGAUUGUCCAACAUAUCUCUUGAACUCCUCACGGGAAACGGAAUGCUGAGCGUGGAUGCUAGUGUCCAGUCCAUUCAAAUAGACAACAGUCUACAAGAUCCACAUUGCCCAGUUGUUAUCUACGUCUCUUCUACCGCCAGCAAUGAGGAAUCUAAGAAUAUACCUGCUCUUCGCUUAACUGUUCAUCGGCAGAUGACUGGCCGUCUUAACGCAGACAUUUUCAAGCAUUUGAUCGUUUCUUUCAAGAAUUUGACUAUCAACAUAGAAGAGAACCAACUAUUCAAGCUCUUGGCCUUCGCUGGUUUCAAUCAGUCGGAUUUAGAGUUGGAACGAGUAGAUGAGAGUGAUUACGAAUCACAGAGAUCCCUUAAUGCCGCCACUUCCAUUGACGCUAAACGAUAUUAUUUUUGCGUUUUGAAAUUGGUGUUGGAACAGGUGCGAUUGAGUGUUUAUACUUCUAGCAAGUUACCACCGGAACUAAACGCUAUUAAACGGAAACUCGGUCUGACUUUGAUCAAAUUCGAAGAGGCUAACAUAGAACUUCACCCAUUCAUUCGAUCACAUCCUUUUGAAACGGCCCAGUUAAUUAUUGAUUCCGUUGUUAAACACUACAAGGACGAACUGAAAUCGCAAGCCGCUAGGAUUCUUGGAUCGACCGAUUUCCUCGGCAAUCCAUUAGGUUUCGUCAACGACGUUUCCGAAGGAGUUUCAGGUUUCUUGAAUGAGGGCAAUGUGGGUGCUCUCGUUCAAAAUGUUACGUUUGGAUUAUCGAAUUCUGCCGCCAAAGUCACGGGGUCGCUUUCUGACGGGCUCGGUCGGGUUACGAUGGAUGAAAGACACGAAGAAGUUCGUCAACGUCUUUUGAAGCACACGGGGCAAAGUUCUGACCAUUUGGUAGCUGGUCUAAAAGGAUUUGGUUUUGGAAUCCUUGGCGGAAUGACAUCUAUUUUCACCCAAACUUAUGAGGGUGUUUCCAAUGAUGGAUUUGGCGGGCUUUUCACUGGUUUUGGUAAGGGUUUGGUGGGAACUGUAACAAAGCCAGCCGUUGGCGUACUUGAUUUGGCCACAGGAGCUGCCUCGGCUGUUCGUGAUUCGAGUCGCAGUUCAUCUAAAGAAAUUCCUAAAAGAAUUCGCCCUCCUCGUUUGGUUAUCGGACCAGGAGGCAUACUUCCUCGUUACUCGGAAAAGCAGGGACGUGGACAAGAACUUCUUUUCCAGCUUAAUCGCGAUCUCUAUAAGGAAACUUUCAUUGCAUACGAAGCGCUUGGAAAUCUACCAGACAGUUUACACAUCUUGAUAUCAAGCGAAAAUGUCCGAGUAUUCAGCAUGAGUAGCCCCAACAAGGAAGUCGUCCUUGACAUUCAUUUGUCGGUACUACAAAGUAGUAAAGCUGUAGUCAUUAAAGACUUUGGCACACAGAGCACAGCGCAUUAUUAUGUCGAGAUGAAUUUGCUAUUGGAACCGGAGAGUCCACUUGGAGCACGACGGCCCCAAGUUCGCUGUGAUUCCGAAUCCCUUGCUAAACGAGUGACGCAAGAAAUUAACUAUGCCAAGAGUGUAUACGAAGAAAACCGUCAUUCGCUUGUGUCUUCUUCCAAGUUCUCCCCCUGAUUUUGCAUGUUCUUUUCACCGCGUGUAUAGAGUAACAUUUGUUGAUUCUGGUUUUCAAGAGAUUGGGAUUAAGGGUAAUUUUUUCUUUUUUAAAUUGAAAUGUGUUAUAGGCACAUCGUUAUCUACUUAUAUGAAUAUUAAAUAUGCUACUUGCAGGUCCAAGGGCUAAAUGAGUUCACAGUUCAACUCAUAAAUAAAAACAUGGUGAUAUACUUUUACAAAGACUUGAUUGCUUGGGGUACUUGAACUACAAGAAGCUCGAUGUUCACGUUCAAGUUAUAG